AUCAUGUAGUACGCAUGCGCACUGUGUUUGCUUUGGGUCAGAGGUCUGCGUUGUCUGGUGGUAUGUUCGCUGGAAUCCCCCCCCCCGUGACCCUCUGCUCGGGCCUGAUGUGGGUGGCUUUGUGCCAUGGACUUUAGAAGCUCCAGAUCCAACUGCCAUUCACUUAGAAAAGAGGGACUUUGGUGCUUAGCAACAGUGAAUGCCACCAGCCCCGCUGACUCUGACCACUCCCCCUACGCUGUGGGCCGCAUGGAUAAGAUUUUUAACUAAAGUAAGGGCCACAAUUUCAUGUUCUUGGAAGUCUACAAUGUCAGACAAAAACUUAAACAAGCCUUGUGAGGGCCAGGAUGAGCCCCCAUUAUUUUUGGCAAACAGAGGUCGUUUGUUAGAUAGUGACAGCAACUACUCAUUGUCCUUGUCACCCGACUCUGCCAGCUGUAAUUUUAACCUGAGCGUGAGAAGAGACUGCACUUCCCCAGAUAUUAACACACAGAGUGCAGAUGGACCUAUCCUGCACCCAAACAAUACUAUAAUAACUCUACCACAAGGAAAGCGCUUCACUAAUUUGGAGAAUUCUUUAAUAGCUUCACCGGACAGUAGCAGAAUCAAUUUUUGGAACGAUAGCUUGAGUUUUUUGAGCUGCCAAGAUUCUGACAGAAACAAAACAUUUUAUAAGACUGCAUCAGAGGGAAGCAACAGUGAAAUGGCAUCUCCAGAUUCAGUUGGGAUGAGUUCAUGUAGGACAUCCCAUAGAGGAUCCAUGGAUCUCUCCUUCAGUUCUGCAGAAAUGGUUGUACGGAGCAACAGCUUUGUCUUGGACCAGCAAGCAUCAGUGUUAUCCUCACUUGAGGAGUCCUCAGCUCCUCCAGUCUCAAGCCAUGAUGAAUCCAAGUCUCUUUUAACCCCUUUCAGUGAAACAGGUGGUGCAGGUGACCAAGCCGGCGACCACCCUUGCUUUGGGAUGACAUUUGUGUUUGAAGAUAAAAUGGAGCUUCCAAGUGAAGAGCAUGAAGCAACGUCUAACUCGUCUUUUCUAGCUUUGCCAGGAGAAGGAGAGAAUUUCAGUACCACCUUUCUUUGCAAAAACUCAGAUAUUAAGAAUGACACUCCAUUUAUUUCCUCUAGAUCUGAACUGCUGUAUGAAUCUGCAAGUUUGUCUGAGGAUUCCCAUAGAAAGUCUGUGGACCUCUCCUUCAGCUCUGCAGAGAUGGUGGUACGAGGCAACAGUUUUAUCUUGGAGGAGCAAGCUGUACCUUCACUGAUGUCUUCAUUUGAUGAGUCUCUAGCUCCUCCAACGUCUAGUCAUAUUGAAUCAAAGUCUCUAUUGGCAUCUGCUGCUAGUGUGAAAGAUGGUGCAGGUGACCAGGCAGGAGACCAGCUCUCUCUUGGGACCACAUUUGUAUUAGGAGAUAAGGUGGAGCUCCCAAGUGAAGAGGUUGGAGGGAUGUGUAACUCUUUCUUAGCUUUACCAGGAGAGAAGCAUGGUCUUCACAUUUCACCACUUUCUACCACUUUCCUCUAUGAAAACUCAACAUCAGAUUGUGCAAAUGAUGCUCAGUUUAUUUACUCUGAAGCUGAACUGCACAAUGAAUCCAAGCCUCUCUCAACACCAGAUCAAGUUAUGACAUUUGAUACCCCAUUGUUUUCUGUUAAAGAUAAAGAUAUUUGUACUUCUACUCCUGUACAAAACCUAGGGACCCAUCUGCCAAACCUGGCUUCUUUUGCUGUGUCACCCUGCACAGAAAAUACUGGAAGUCCUGCUCCCCAGCCCGUGUUGAGGAAGAAAAACUCUGUCUCUCCCAAACAAUUUGAGAGAGGAACCCCAGUUUCAGGCAAUAAAGUCACUAAAAUGGGAGUUGACAAGUUUCCAAAAUCCAACAUGAGCAGUGUGAGAUGUAAAAUGAGAAGGGCUGAAGGAUCAAGUCUUCUACUGGAUAAACCACUGCAAAUGAAUGCUAAACAAGAAGGGAACAAAGUUGGAUCUAGGCCAAGUCCUACCAGAAUUAAUAAUGGUGCAACAACCCCAGUCUCUGCUGUCCUUAAUCCUCAAAGAAAACUAUACAUUAGAGCUAAUAAAGACCUAAAAGACGGGCAAAGAAAUUCUUUUGAUUCUGAAGAGUCCCAAGCAAAGAGUAGAACAGUCCAUGCAUCACUAAGCAUUGAUACAAGCAAACAAGCUCCAGCGGUCCACUGUAGUCCAGCCAGUUGUGACACUGAGCAAGAACCCACAGGGCACGCUAAUACUGAUCCAAAAGUGAAUAUUGCAAAUACCACCUUCUGUUACCCAGAUAAAUCUCCACCAAAAAAUGACAAAGUGGUCACAAAACCAGCUUCAAAAACCAACACAAUCAAAAAGGUGAAAUCUGGCUCUACUUUAGGCCAUGAAAAGUCAACCCCCAGUACCCCAAGUACACGUCCACGCUCCAGUUCUGAAAGUUCCACUGCACUGUCAAGGCUUUUCAGAAUGGCAAAGCCUCAAAGACUUUCAGCUAGUUUUUCCCUUUCCAUAUCAAAAAACAAAAACCCGAAGAGCCAGACCAAAUUAGGAAAUCAGGAAAAUUCAUCUCCAAGUAAACCUGGAUCUGAAAAAGAAUCCACUGAAACAAAUUGUAGAAAAGUGAAGAAAAUUGUGUUGGUGUCUCAUUCCAGUACAUUAUCGUCAGCGUCUUGUACAGAGACUAAGACCAGGGUGCGUGGACAGCCUUCCCCAAACCUAACAGGCAGAGCAUCGACCUCCAAAUCUUCAGCUGCCAGUCAAAAGACGACGGCUCCUAUGGCGGCCACUCCUCUCAACAUGCAGCGAUCAGGAGCAUCAGACAGAGAGCGCAGCAGGACCAAUUUACUGCUCAAAAGCAAAAUCAAAGGUAAUACAAAAACUCCUGGAGACACUGCCCCAGCUGUUAAUAACAAGCCAGGUUCAUCCCAGCGUCUUCAGACCCCCUCUCGCUCCUCUGUGAUGGACCCCCCUCCCACUUUUGGGCCCAGACUCCAACCACGGAAGGUCUGUGGACCGUCCAGGAUCCAACCAGGGUCCAACGAGUCUGGAGUUCACAGGGAGACUAGUGACAGCACCAAGACGACACAAGUUUCUGGAGCAGCAAGCAGGCGUUCAACCCCUUGCAAAUUUCCAAUCCUCAAAGCGAGACUCAACACUACUCCAGCGAAGACUACUCCAGCUAAGGCCAGUGCGCCAGUGUUGACCGCUCUAUGUAAAACAACUGGACCCACCAAAGGCCUGCCAAACUGUCACAUCAGCUCACAGAAGAGGACCACCACUAACACCACCAAGCUCAUCAGAUUUACUACUUCUG